GAUUUUUUAGUAUGCAGGCAGGCAGCCGGCCUUUUAUUUCACACAGCUUAAUUGACUCACUUGUGAUGUAUGCAUACAAUGAGCAGGUGCAUUGUCUAAUGGUAUGGACAUUUUUGAAAGUCACCAGAUUUUCAGCGUAUAGUCCUGCCGAGGUUAAAUGUAUACUAGAACGCUGUUCUUUAACGCUGUCUGUUUUAAAGGCUUCUGGCUAUUAUAAUAGGUGCAUGGAGAGAUUUGGAAAGUUAUCAUGAUUUGUUUUCAUUUGUGGCUUGUCUGGAUUAGGAUUUGUUGUCGUGAUGGUAAACAGUGUAAUAUAUAGAGUUUUACCAUUGGCUGCUAGGAUUAUCAUCUUGCAAGUGUACCAGGUACAAGUAUUGAUGAAUUUGUAGUGCAAACUGCAUAGUUGAAGAGCACACGAGAUGAAAAAAAAAAGUUUAAUGAUAUCAAGUCUUCCUAUGUACACUUGCAGCAGAGACACUGUCGGAAACUUUGGAUUGUGAAACGUACAGUGAAGAUUCAUCAUAUUCUGAUAUUUGAUUCAAAGUGUGCAAGUAUUUGUUACAGAUUUUAAAGGCAGUGUUGAAAAGAGAAGGACCAUUCAGGAAUACGUAGUGGUUCUAUAACUGCGAUGUUUUCAUUAUGAGGGAAUUGGGACUUUAACCAGUCCAUAACCAAGUGUUUUGCUUGAUUUUUUUAUUUUUUCAAUUUUAUUUUAAGAUUUACUUCAGGAGUAGCACAUUCAUUGUAAAUGAGGAGUGAAAGGAGUUAAAAGUCUGUGGGACAUAAAAAACACCCAUUUCAAUCUAACCUGAUAAAAUAUAUAUGUCAUGAGUACCAGCAUCUGCAGACUAGUGUGCAUACAAUGUAAAAUGCACAGUGUAUAAUAUUUAUAAAUACUGGUGGAAUAACAAACAUAGCUUGAGCAGGACUAGAUACUUGUUUUUUUCACAUUCUGUUUAUUUAAGCUGUGUAUUUGAGACAAGACAAGAGAGAUCUAGGAGGAAAAUAUUACUUGACUUUACAAUAGAUCCAGCCUAUUGGGAUUUUAGCUUCGUCUGUGCUGGGUAUUUACGUUAUUUAGUACAUGGAUAUACAUGUACCCAAUGUGGCAGUAAUCCCUAUUACAAAUACCAUGUAUGGGACACUAUUUACAAGGAAGUGAACUUGAGAACCAAUGCCUUAAUUUUGCUGAAGGUUUUUUUUUCUGCAUUAAUGUGACAGCCAGUCUAUAAUUACAUUUUAAACUUGGCUGUUUUGGCACCCUCCCUCUGCCUGGAGUAUUGGACAUGGGCUCCAAGCAUACUGGUUUUCACACUGGUGUAAGAGCCACUGGGCGCCCCAAGUGGACCGACUGCUUGGACAAAAGGCCAUGUGAUCGCUCAGGCCAGGACCUGGAUGCAAUCUACUCCAGGCUCAAGGAUGUGAGGGCUUUUGAAAAAUUUCACCCCAUGCUGCUACAACAGAUCUGUUACUAUGGUUACUAUGAAGAUCUAGAUCCUGGGAUUAUAUUGUUCAGGCAGGGGGAUAUUGGCACAAACUGGUAUGCUGUCUUAACAGGAAGUUUGGAAGUCAGAAUCUCAGAGACAGGAAAUCAGAAGGAUGAAGUCACAUUAUGCACCUUAAUGGCUGGGACAGCCUUUGGCGAGUCCAUUUUGAACAACACCCCCCGCCAUGCCACUGUGGUAACGGCAGAGUUAUGUGAACUGUUACGAGUUGAACAGAAGGAUUUUAAGGUGUUGUGGGAGUUGGUUCUGAUUCAGUUUAGAGUUGGUUCUGAUAAAGUUAAGAGUCCAGGUUUGAUAGGCUUAUUGGAACAACAGAUCUCUGCCGCACGGGAGUCGACGCAAGAAGACGAGGAGAGUACCGAGGCCAUCUACGAGAUGUUGCAAAGCGCUGCUCUCAGUCUGUAUAACCAGUAUCUGUCAGAAAAGGCCACCCAGAGAAUAACUCUAGAUGAGGCUUUAUUACGGAGAACACUUCACAAGAUCAAACAGAGACCACCGCAUGCAGAUUGCUUUGAAGAAGUUCGAUGCAAGGUGUGCGAGAUCCUGGAGGGAGACAACUAUUACAAAGCCUUCAAGAAGAGCACAAUCUAUGUCAAACUGCUGGCCGAGCUGGACCUGCUUAACAAGGACGUGGAAGUGCCAGAGGCAGACGAACCUGCAGAGGCCACCAUCUUGAACGAUGAAUUCCACUUGGAGGCCACGGUGAUCAGCAGCGGUGUGAUGAAGGAGGAGAAAGGGAACAAGUCGUAUGCUGUGUAUUUUAUUAGAGUGAUGAAGAGGGAGAGGACAGACGGUGAACCUGAGAUAUGGGACUGUUACAGGAGAUACAGCGACUUCCACGACCUCCAUAUGACUAUCACUGAUAAGUAUCCAUCUCUUGCCACCCUUAAUUUUCCCAGUAAGAAGCUUAUUGACAACUUGAAGGAAGAAUUCUUGGAGAAGAGGAAGAAGGAACUGGAUCAUUAUUUGCAGACUCUCCUGAACCGUGAUGUGUUGGCCAACAACCGAGGUUUGCUCCAGCUGAUCUACGGCUUCAUGCAGCCAGGACUGUGGGAGAAAGGGAAGAGUGAGAUGGCCAGAAAGGUGAGGGUCUCAUAUCUAUAA